AUGCAUGCUCAAUGCUUUGAAAAUAUGUGUAUAUGUAGAUCACAUCAUAGUAUAAAAAAUUCAGCAAAAUGUUUAUCGCAUUUGGGCGGUUAUUGUAAAAAUUUUAAAGAAUGUGCCCCCAAAAAUUCUGUUUGUACUGAAAAUAAAUGCCAAUGUAAUCAUGGAUAUAUAUCGAAAACUAUUGAGCAAUGUGUACCAACACCAUUGGGAAAAACUUGUCAGAAUAAUGACGAUUGUAACGAAAUAUCUUUUACUGAGUGUUUAGAUAAUAAAUGUGUGUGUAAAAAAAAUUAUCUUGUAGUAAAUAACACCAGAUGUUUGCCACUUUUGGAAGAAAUUUGUAGCGCAGAUGAAUUAUGCGCAGUCGAUAAUUCUGUGUGUAUUUAUAAUAAAUGUCAAUGUGAUAUUCAUUUCGUAGCUGAAUACAAUGACAAAUGUGUACCUCGACGAUCCUGCUCCAAUGAUUAUGAAUGCGGAGAUUUCUGGCAUUCAGAAUGUUCAGAUCGUAAAAGAUGUGUUUGUAAAAAAAAUCAUCUUGUUGUAGAUAAUUCAAGAUGUCUACCAUUAUUAGGUGGAUUAUGUUUCUCUGGCGACCAGUGCGGACCAGAUAAUUCUGUUUGUAUUCAUAAUACAUGUCAAUGUAAUUCUUACUAUAGAGCCAUAUCCAACAAUCAAUGCAUACCAACACAAUUGGGACAGUCAUGUAAAUCCAAUCGCGAUUGUGAAGAACUGUUACAUGCUGUAUGUUCUAUAGAUGAAAUAUGUGUAUGUAGAGAAAAUAACACUUUUCUAAAUAAUUCUAUAUGUGCACCAAUGUUGGGCGGAUUUUGUGAUGCCAGUAAUCUAUGUGUACCACAAUAUUCUGUUUGUAUUAAUAGCAAAUGUCAAUGCAAAAAAGACUUUACAUCGAUAUCUAAUUAUCAGUGUCUUCCACUGUGGGACUAAUAUGAUUGGUUUUUCUGUGUUGAAAACACUUCUGCAGAUGAUGAAAGAUUUAAUGACAAAUAAAAAGUAAUAAAUAAAACAAAUUAAUAUAUUGUAACUAUAAAUUAUAAACUAAAUAAAAAUAUAGAAUCAAAAAAUGAAUAAAACUUCACAGACCGCACUAAGGGAAAAACUUGGCUUAGUGAAAAUUAGUAUUAGUAAAAUAAGACCAGGUAUGGAAUGAUUGAACCAAGAACUAAUCGGCGUAUUAAAGCAAUAAUUGAUAAGUGUGUGUGAGUGUGUAUAGUUAAGAAAUUUCCUCGCCAGCAAAAUUAUUAUAUAUGAAGAAGAUAAAAUUUGUUGUUAUGACAGAAGGAACUUUACAUUAAACUACAACCAAGAUAAACAUUAGCAUACGUGUAUAUUGUCGGGUAAACUUAAUGAAAAUCAAUUAUUGUUAAGAAAAUUUGACAUUAAAUUAGAAAGCAUAUUUGUUUUGCCACAUGUUUGUUAUAAAUAAAUUUUGAUGUAUAUUUGAAUUAAUUAAAGUAAUUAUUCUAAAUUGAUUAAUGACGCUGAGUCUUACCGACCGCUCAUUAAGGGAUUAAAAUUAUUCACAUAAGAACCCUAACUCUGCAGCUGUGUAGUCCAGCCACGCUAAGGAAAUUUUGAACUCACCCGUGGAGCAUUCUCAAAUCUCUCCGUUGUUGCUGCCUUGCAUACGAUUUCUGAGGGAUCGUGCAGCCCUUCACCCUCAGUGGCGCCCUUAAAAAUAAGGUGCCUCGUGACCUCGUAAGCCUCGUCUUCGAGACCACUGAAGCCGAGGGGUACCAGGUUAUAACACGCCUCAGUCGAGUUUCAAUUUUUCUGUGUUUUUGGAGAGAGGAAUGGUAAAAAAACGUUUGUUUUCAACAAAUUCAUCAAAAAAAUGGCGAGCAAAUAUACAUACACUUAUCCAAAAAAUUAAAAGAACAAGAAAAUUUUAUAAAAUUUUUAGCGAUUUUUGGGAGUCUUUAUUUUCGUGAAAAAUGAUCGUAUCGAAAAAAUAA